AGACACUCAAAUUUUAUUGAAAGUAGUGAAAUGUUUUGAGGGAAAAGACAACCGUGUAAUAACAUUGGGCUGCCCAAGUAGACUACUUAAAUAUAUAUGCAAUUCGCGUCAUUUGUUCACCGAAAUGUAGUGUCGUUGUUUUGUUAGAACUUGCUUGUUCGCGGCACAGAGAUUUUAACUUGGAAAGGGAAUUCCGCUAGGCACAGAAAAAUGACUGGAUUCUGAAAACAUGGAGACAAGAGGAGCCGCGAGCUGAAAGCAAGUUUUGUCAAUUUUGUGCCUCGAGGGAUAACAUCGGCAGAACUCUGGAGAUCAACUGGAUUUUAACAUGCAUUGGACAACUAUAUCAUCUCGCGUUGUAUUUUUUUGUUCCGAAGAAUUUAUUCGAGACUUGGCACAUGGACAAAAAUAGAAUUUGGAUGAAAGUAAAGCAAAGUUUUAAGCAACGUCUGUUUUAUGCGAAUAUUUUGGAAUUUUGUCAAAGGAAAAAUAUAUUGCAUAACAUAGGCUUCUUUUAAUACAGCUAUGAGACCGGUAAAGUUUGGUUAAUGGCAAACUGCGGGAAAUAUCGGAUAACAUUCAGGUUUUUAGGUAAAAGCCCUUGCCACCCAUAUUAACAAGCUGAAUGUGGCUGGCAAACUGAGAGAGGCCUGCUCGAAACGGCUGUUUUAAAAUUAAUGGUAGGCUAGCCUUCAGUCUACCGGGGCAUAGCUACCGGUAGCCUAACAUUAAUCUUUUGCAGAAAAGGGUACUUUUUGACUGAUCCAUUUAAUCUACUGCAGAAGCUUGUGAAAUUUACAUGAAGACAGGAAAGGGACUGGUCCCGGGAUAUUUUGUAGGCUAAAUGGGAAUGCUAACAACCUGGGACGGGAAACCGAAAAUAUGAUCUAAAAACCACACCAAGUUAGCUUGGUAUCUUAUACUUACAUUAAAACGAGCUUAAACAUACACGUGGUGAAAUUCGCUUUGAACGACAGAGUUUUGUUGGUUGAGUGACUAAGAGGUAAAGUCUCGAGUGUAGUUAUUUUGUGAGAAUUGCAUUAACAAUGGGAAUCGCAGUUCUCUGGCGGAAUUGACAAAGACGGCCGCAAGACAGCGACAAGGAAGCGUGUAGUGGAAUAGCUAACGUUUGUGUCGAUAGCAUAUUAUCACAGAAUAUUGUCGACCUACAGACUUAUUUUUAAUAAAUUGCGAAUACUUGUAUACACGUUCAUACGUUUGACUGAUUUCAUUUAAGCCUAUUUAUUUUUUUAUCAACGAGAGAGAGAAAUAGCAUACAAAGGCUACAUUGGACUUGGCAACAGCGAUCAAUAUCGUUGAUGUGGACUAAUGACAGUUAAUAGAUUGUGAAGAAAAACGAAAAUCAUCUUUACGGAUGUUAAGGAGGGACCUGAUGCUUCCCAGAAAGACGGAGGGUUUCUUGUUUGCAAAAUGCUAAUUGGAUAAAAGUCGGAGAAAACUGUAAAACGAAGCCCAAUGAGCGGCAUACAGGCUACAGUCAGUGACCGGCCUAGCAGUCUUCUCACUACUGACCCUCCUGAUAAGAAGCUUCUGUCACAUGACUUUGACCCAACAGGGCUCGUGCAGCGAUGCGUGAUCAUUCAGAAAGAUGAGAACGGCUUUGGCCUGACCGUGAGCGGAGACAACCCUGUGUUUGUGCAGCUGGUCAAAGAAGAUGGCGCAGCGAUGCGGGCGGGGGUGCAGACAGGUGACAGGAUAAUUAAGGUGAACGGGACCUUAGUAACGCAUUCAAACCAUGUAGAAGUUGUGAAGUUGAUCAAAUCCGGCUCCUAUGUGGCCCUCACAGUUCUGGGGCGGCCCCCGGGGGUUGCCCACAUUCCCCUGGCUGGUGGGGACGGGGAGGGGGGAUCCUUUCUCGCCUCCCCAAACUCCCCAGGGCAGCCAGCAGAGGAGCGGUUCACCUCCCCCCGGCCAGCUUGGGAAGACAACAGCGCUGUGUACAGCCAGAAGGUGGACAUUUUGCAGAAGAUGCUGUUUAAGGAGCAGAGAGACCUACAGUUGACGAAGGAGGAGUACAGCAGGAACCCCAGCCCUAAGCUCCUGAAGGAGAUCCAGGAGGCGAACAAACGCAUUCCCCAGCUGCAGAGCCAGCUCAGCAAGGCCAUGGGAGGAGGACAGGACGGGGCGCCCCUCGGGGAGGUGGAGGAGGGCAGCGUGGGCCAGCCGGACCAGCAGCUCCGCCUGCGGGGCCUCAGCAGCACAGACGGGCCCUGGACCAGCAGCACAGCGCCCCCUGUCUCACACGGUCUCUCGGAUACCCAAAGAGACUCCGCCCAGAGCCCAAAGACCGUGCCCAGGGACAGCCUCAACUGCCACUCCCCCGACGCGGGGGACACGCCCAAACUGAACUCCUCGGCCUCGCCCCAUCUGGGAAGCCCGACUCCUCGACACGUCCCGCAGAUCAUCGCUGCCGAGGACGAGUACUUCGACGGGGAGCAGGAGCAGGUAAACGGCCAGUACAGCUGCUUUCAGAACAUGGAGCUGCUGAAGGUUCGCCCCGCACACCUGGCUGUCUUUCUGCAUCACGUGGUCUCACAGUUUGACCCUGCCCCUCUGCUGUGCUACCUGUAUGCUGAGCUGUGCAAACAGACCAGCUCCAAAGAUACACGCCGCAUAUUCACAGACCUCAACACCUUCUUUAUGGACCGAGCAGCAAACCUGAAGGUGGCGGUGCCUGAGUCCAUCUCCUCUGACCUGGAGCGUCGGAAGCCCGAGGUCAUUCCAGAGGAGUUACUCAGGCAGUAUGUGCAGCUGAUGCAGGACGUCCUGCUCCCUGACAUCCAGAAGCACCUGGAGGACUUCAGGCAGAAGCGCAGUAUGGGGCUGACUCUAGCGGACGUGGAGCUGAACAGGCUGGAUGCAGAGCAGGGUCGAGACCGGGCAGCGCUGGACAGAGAGCGCUCCUGUGCAGAACAGAUCGUCUCCAAGAUCGAGGACGUGCUGUUGACAUCGUCCCCCUCAGAAGAAGAGAAGUGCACCACCAUGCAGUUUGUGAUCCUGACCUACAUGAAGCACCUGGGUGUGAAGGUGAAGGAGCCCCGCAGCCUGGAGCACAAACGUGUCCGCAUCAACUUCCUCCCCAAGAUAAUGGGCAUUCAGAAGGGCGUAAAGACAGAAAAGGAGGGGGAGGAGAAAGUUAAAAAGCCUCGGUUUCCCAACAUCCUCGGAGGCCCUCCACGGCGAACCAGUCGCAUGGACUCCGCCCCCGCCGCCAUGGAGACAGGGAAGCAGCGGCCGCCGAAGCAGCUGUCCCAGCCGGCCCUGUCCACGCCCGAGCCCCCAGAAGCAGCGCGCAUCCGCGGGAGCCAAUCCAGCGAGGGCUCGGACCUGCCCUUCACCCCCGCCCUCACCACCUCCCCCACACACAGCAUCACGGCCAGCCUGAGCUCUGAUGGAGCGGCCAGAGACCCCGACACGGGCCUCACGCCCUCCUCAUUCUUCCCCAAGCUGAGCGAGGGCUCGAGCAGCGGGGACACCCAGGACAGCGCGGCUCACACCCCCAGCACCCUGUUCGACUUCAGCCCCUGCAGCCUGGACCAGCUCCCCGAGGACGAGCGGGAGAGCGACAGGGCCGUGGAGGGUGGGACUCCCAGGUCCCUCAGACGGACGGAUGGCACGUGUCCAGCGGAGCAGCAGAGUGAGGAUGAUCAGGAGCGGGACUCAGAGCAGGACCCUCCGAACUGGCAGCAGCUGGUGGGCAGGGAGGUGCUGGCCAGCCUGACGCCCCACGAGAUCAAGAGACAGGAAGUCAUCAACGAGCUGUUCUACACUGAGCGUGCUCACCUGCGCAUGCUGAAAGUGAUGGACAGCGUCUUCUAUCAGAAGAUGACCAGAGACGCCAUACUGCCCCCUGUGGACAUCAAACGCAUCUUCACCAACCUCGAGGAGAUUGUCCAACUGCACGGGUCUAUCGCAGAGCAGAUGACCACGAUACGGAAGAAGAGCGAGACUGUGAUUGGCCCCAUAGGAGAAGACCUGCUGUCCUGGUUCAGUGGGGGCGAGGAGGAGAAGAUCAAGCGAGCCGUCGGCACCUUCUGCAGCAACCAGCCCUUCGCCCUGGAGAUCAUCAAGAGCCGGCAGAAGAAGGACGCCCGCUUCUCCUCCUCCAUGCAGGAGGCAGAGAGCAAUCCCGUGUGUCGGAGAUUGCAGCUGAAGGACAUGAUUCCAGUGGAGAUGCAGAGACUCACCAAGUACCCACUUCUGCUGGAGAAUAUCGCCAAGUACACAGACGAUGCAGAGGAGAAGGAGAAGGUGAAGAGGGCAGGGGAAUGCUGUAAAAAGAUCCUCAACUAUGUGAACCAGGCUGUGAAGGAGGCUGAGAAUAAGCAGAGGCUGGAGGAUUACCAGAGACGGCUGGACCUGUCCUCCCUGAAGCAGAAUGAGCACCCCAUGAUCGCUGAGCUUAAGAGCCUGGAUCUGACCAAGAAGAAGAUGGUGCACGAGGGCCCCCUCUCCUGGAAAGUCAACAAAGACAAGACGAUAGAGCUGUACACGCUGCUGCUGGAGGACAUCCUGGUGCUGCUGCAGAAGCAGGACGAGCGCCUCAUCCUCAAGUGCCACAGCAAGAACCUGCCGGGCACGGCCGACACCCGACACAUCUACAGCCCCAUCAUCAGGCUCAGCACCGUGCUGGUGCGCUCCGUCGCCACCGAUAACAAGUCGUUCUUUGUGAUCUCCAUGUCGGACAAUGGAGCGCAGAUCUACGAGCUGAUGGCGCAGACCGUGUCUGAGCAGAGAACGUGGCAUAGUCAGAUCACGCAACGGGCAGACUACAUGAAGUCCAAAGAACACAACGACAUACUUUUACCUCAGCCAGAUGGUGAGAGGGAGGCCAUGGAGAUUAUGAACAGUGCGGUGCCCAGGCUCAACAAAGACCCCGACCGCAACUCAACCGGAAGUGUUCAGUCCCCAGAGAGAGAUGGCAGCACAUCGUCCCCCAGGCUAAAACAGGCCCCUCCCCCAGGGUCCAACCCCUUUGAAGAAGAGGAAGAUUCAGAGGAAGGGCAGGCGGCGUUCCUGAACUCGGAGCUGGCCGACAGACUUCCCUUCCUGAAGCGGGGAUCACGUCAGGGCCUCGCCAUCGGUGAUGAUGAAACCAACCCCUUCAGCCUCCCCCCCUCCAGAGCUGAGGAAGCGUUAAAGACCUUGGCGGCGCUGAAGCAGCUGCUCCUGGCGCAGGAGGGCUGGUGGAGGGGGGCGCGGCAGGCGGGCGGUCGUCUCCAGAGGACCACGUCUCUGCGGACCGCUGCGGUCCCCGCCGCAGCCCCGCCCGGGUCCCCAGAGAACGGUCGGGACGAGUCGCUCCAGGACCACUCCGCGGGGGACACCGGCUACUUUGAGGCCUCGGAGGACUACAGCUACCUGGUGCUGGAGGGCUCGGGCGAGAGCAGCACUGACGACGAGGUCGGAGGGAAGGAGCGGGGCGCAGCGGGGGAUUCUGGGAUUGACAUGAAGAAGCUGCUCUCCUCGGCCGCGCAGCCAGGGGGCGCCCCCACCUUCAGCCGGCAGGUCCUGACGCACCUGCGCCUCCUGCAGGCCAACCUGCAGCACCUAAAGGAAGUGGAGACCAAGUAUAAUGAACUAUACCAAAGGCAGGUGAGAGAAACUGCUGAAACGGAGGAUAACAGAGGAAAGAGUUAGCAGGAAGGAACUGCCAGCCAUUGCAUCUGACCAAGAGGGAAGACGGGGGGAACAGGGCACUGGCCCCUCCUCUGCCGCAGCUUGACGGCUGAUUGGUGGAGCCGCCUUACUGCCCCUCCUCCAUCGGCUCCAGCCAAUCAGGGAAGACGGGCUGCCCCACACCUGGCCCCCCUACUCCCUCGGCCGUUCUUCGCAAAGAAGCGAGAAGACUGUACCAAAAUGUAUAAAACUGUGUGUUUAGGAUAUAUAUGACGCACAAAGCCAGAAGAAAGAUAUUUUUAUGUAUUUAGCUAUGUUUUUUUGUUUUUUUUACCCCAAGAUGUAUUUAUUUGAUUUUUUUUCUCCUGUGGUUCUUGUAAGUAUUCCCCACGUCACUUGCAUGCUUCUACCUGUGGAUCCCCUGGCCACCUCCUCUGGGGGUGGAGCACCCACAGCGCCCUCUGCAGCUUGGAGGAGUGUAUGCAGCAACAUGGAACAGCUGCAAUAGUGUGGUUGGCCUUCAAUACACACACUUUGAGUAAUAGAGCAAACUUCAACAAAAGAA